CAUAUACAUUCACGAAUAGACACACGAUGGCAGAGACAGCAAAACCUAUUCAAGUCAAGCUCGUACUCCUCGGCGAAGCGGCCGUCGGGAAAUCCUCGGUCGUCCUCCGGUUCGUCAAUGACGAUUUCAACGAGAACAACUCGCCCACCAUCGGGGCGGCGUUCUUGACGCAGAAAUGUCGUUUGGAAGACAAGGUCAUCAAGUUUGAGAUCUGGGAUACUGCUGGUCAAGAACGAUUCCACUCGCUCGCACCCAUGUAUUACCGGAACGCUGCGGCCGCUGUCGUGGUUUACGACAUCACCAAGGCCAGCUCUUUGGAAAAGGCCAAGGCGUGGGUGAACGAGCUGCAACGCCAGGCGAACCCUAAUAUCGUCAUCGCCCUCGUCGGGAACAAGCUGGAUCUGGUCACGGAAGGACAAGCCGGUCAGGGCAGCAAGGACGCCGUCUCGCGCGUCUCUCCAUUCUCGUCCACAUCCACUGGCGAGGCCAAGAAGACCGACAACACCGACGACGAGGAGGCGGACGAGGAAGAGGGACAAGAGUUGGCAGAUGUGACGACAAAGAGCACGGCGGACAGGGAAGAAAUGGGUUCUACAUCCAGUCAGAAGGAUGCGGAGGCGGCUACUGCCGUCCCGGCUGUCACGACGACGGAUGAUGCCAACCCCAACGUCAGGCAGGUCUCGAGGGAAGAAGCUGAAGGGUACGCCAAGGAGGCAGGAGGGUUAUUGUUCUUUGAGGCGAGUGCCAAGACGGGCAAGGGGGUGCAAGAGAUCUUUACCGAGAUCGCCAAAAACCUACCGAUGGACUCGAUCGCACCAAAGUCCACUCCGGCUGGGUCCAACGCAGGAUCUCGUCGAGCGGCCGGUGCGGCGGGUUCGGGUGGGGCGAACGAUGGCAACAGGGUCAAUCUGGGCGAGCAGACGCAGAAACGACAAGGAGGGUGUUGUUAAGGGUACUUUGGGUACUUCCCGCUGCGCCUUUCCUCUCGUCUUGCCUCGCCUGAAUUCGCCAUUCUUGGCUUUGCUCCGCGCCUUCGGGACUGACCCACUCUCAAUCGGUACCGGGGGUCUGCGGAGCAUGUACGUGUAUCGGUUCCACCCUUGGUCGUUGCUUCCACCUAUCUUCCAGCGCUAGAGAUGAUCCUACUAUACAGAAUGACUUUGGAUUGUCUCUCAUCGCUUGUGUUUGUUUUAGUUUGUAAUAGUGUGUUUGUACCGAAUAACAUAAAGCCUGUUUCAAA